AUGACACCAACAAGUGAACAACAAAUUUUACUAUAUGAUGUUCAAAAAGAUAGUCGUUGGAUAAUUUAUUGGUUACCUGUAUCUUCAACUUUUGGUGUUACUAAUUUUAAUGGAUUGGUCUAUGAAAUUAAUCUUGAUGUUCAAGAGAGAAGGAAAUUAAUGGGAAAUAUUGCUGAAAGUUUGUUGAAGAAUAAAUGGAGUAACAUCUUUAAAAGCAAAUCUUUUGUCAUUGAAAAAUAUGACGAUGAAUCAGCACUUUUAACUUAUGUGACUCGACCGGUUGAAUUGCCUCGUAUUGUGGAUAAGGACAAAAUUAUGGAAUCGAAUAAAAAUUUGUUUUUUGGUGUUUAUUCGAUGUUACGAGAUUAUCAACAAAAUCUGCCAUCAGAUAAGGGCAUUAAACCUCCAUCUAAUGCUCCUCCAGUGAAGAAAGGUAAAUGGAAUCAACCAAAAACUAGAAACAAACGUAAACCGGGAGAUUAUAUUGUUACUGGGCCAAUAUCGUUUGAUAAAGAAGGAGGGGAAAAUAAUAGUAAUUGUGUUGAGAAUGAAGGAGAAAAUUGUAGCGAAAAUUAG